UCUCUGUCUGACCAAAAGGCAGUAGGCAGCAGCAGUGACUGGCUUUGUAAACACAACGUGCUGCGCUGCUUUGUUUCGGAACCGCCACCAUUCUGGGUCUAUCUCUAGCCAUGCCAUGGAUAUUUUGUGGCAAUAUCAAUUCAGGAUAAUUUUGCUAGGAGACUCGACGGUAGGGAAAUCAUCUUUGCUGAAGCGGUUUACAGAUGGAAUUUACAGCGAUGUAGCGGAUCCAACGGUCGGUGUUGAUUUUUAUGCCCGUUCGCUAGACAUCGAGCCAGGGAUUAAAAUCAAGCUUCAACUGUGGGACACGGCUGGACAGGAACGAUUUAGGUCCAUCACCACUUCCUACUACCGUAACUCAGUGGGCGGGCUCCUCGUGUUUGACCUGACCAAUCACAAGACCUUCGACCACGUGAGGGAGUGGCACAAGGAAGUGAGCGAGCACAUCCUGCCGCACAACAUGGUCUACAUCCUGAUUGGCCACAAAAGCGACCUUAACAAGGACCGGAAGGUGACACAGGAUGAGGCUGAGCAGCUGGCGGCGGAGAUGGGGAUACGCUAUGUGGAGACGUCGGCGAAGUGCAACAGCAACGUGGACCGGGCCUUCCAGCUGCUCAGCAGGGACAUCUAUGAGCUGAUGAAGAUGGGGCAGAUCACCACGAGGGACGGAUGGGAUGGGGUGAAGAGUGGCCUCACUACCAGGGUCCUGUACCCGGGCGAUGAGGACAUUGAGGUGGAGCCGAGGGAGAAGAGUUGCAACUGCUGAGAGACUGACCCUUGAUCCCUGACCUGAUCAAGGGUAAUGUUCAUUACGCACCAAACGGAAGAAAACGGAUUGGAACAGAGAGGGACUACCUGGAAUUGUCCAAUAAGAAACGCAAAUGUAUCUUUUUCGUUGCGAAUCGCUCUAGAACGUGUUCCGAUGCGUUCCCUAAUAAACACGACUCAUGUCUCCACUGUUGUUCCCCCUCUCUUAUCUCCACAAGUAUCUCACAUCAUCUCACAGUUUAGUCAGUUUCCCAUUGAAACUAAGCCAUGGUCUAAAGUAAGGGCCUUGUCCUGUCACGUGUGCACGUGUCACCAUAUGCCUAGUGUAGCUAGCCUGCCUUUCCUCUCUGUAUCAGUUCCUCCUGAGGUCAGGAUGGGGCUGUUUUCUGAUGAGAUUGUGGGAUACACAUCCUGUAGUACACAUCUUGAUGUGACAAAAGCUUCUCUACAAACACAAAAGUCUGAGUUUUUAGGCCAAACACCAGAGUAAAUCCUUGCAGUGGAAUAGCAUCAUACAUGUACAUGCUAAACCUACACAGUUUAACAUCACCUGGGUAGCUUUGGGCCCAGUUAGGUAAGGCAGACACAGAGGCUGCAUUUACAGAGGCAGCGCAAUCCUGAUAUUUUGCCCAAUUAUUGUUCUUUUGACCAUUGAGAAGAGGCCUUUUGACAAUAAUUGGUCAAAAUAUCCGAUUUGGGCUGCUUGUGUAAACGCAACCAGAGACACCUGCGUGACAGCGAUCAGGCCUUGGUAUUCCAGUACGUAUUCUAUUCCUUCCUGGCAGCAUCCUUUUUCUUCCUGGAUGCCCUUUGCUGCCGCAGGAGUUAUUGGAUUCUUAAGCAGGCAAGGUCUUGACUGGUGGAAAAUGCAUUAUUGUGAUCUGGCAUCACUCCCAUUACAUUGUUGUGGGUUGACUCCGGUCUCCUGUGUGUGUGUGUGUGUGUGUGUGUGUGUGUGUGUGUGUGUGUGUGUUCGUGUGUGUGCGUGUGUGUGUGUGUGUUUGCAUGUGUGUGCUUUUGCUCUGCCUGCAGUCCCCUGAGACUGUACAUCAUGUCCGGUAUGGUCAGUGGUAUAAAAGGUAUCCAAUCAUCAUACUUGAGUAAAAGUAAAACAUAUCUUAAUAGAAAAUGACUCAAGUAAAAGUGAAAGUCACCCAGUAAAAUACUACUUGAGUAAAAGUCUAAAAGUAUUUUGUUUUAAAUAUACUUAAGUAUCGAAAGUAAAUGUAAUUGCAAAAAUAUACUUAAGUAUCAAAAGUAAAAGUAAAACUAUUCAGAAUUUCAAAUUGCUUAUAUUAAGCAAAACAGGUGGCACACGACAGCACGCAGACAUACUUUACAAACAAAGAAUUUAUGUUUAGUGACCAGGGAUGUUCUCUUAAUAAGUGUGUGAAUUGGACCAUUUCCCUGUCCUGCUAAGCAUUCAAAAUGUAACCAGUACUUUUAGGUAUCAGGGAAAAUGUAUGGACUAAAAAAGUACAUUAUUUUCUUUAGGAAUGUAGUAAAGUAAAAGUAGUCAAAAAUAUAAAUAGUAAAGUAAAGUACAGAUCCCCCCCAAAAAAAACGACUUAAGUAGUACUUUAAAGUAUUUUUACUUAAGUACUUUACAUUACCCCACUGGGUAUGGUUACCUCCGGUGUCAAAAGGUCACUCAUAAUAGGCACCCCUCCUCUGUUCAUAUGGUCCUGUAGACUGCUAAUCUAUGUAAUUGCACACAAACCAAAUCUUGUUCAUGUUGCAUCAUGUUGUGAUCUUCCUAGAUCAGAGCAGAUGUUUUCUAUUUUUAUUUGUUAUAUAUCUAUCAUUUGUAGAACAUCGCUGAAGCCACAAACCCUUUUAAUGGUCUUUGCAUUUGUAUAUGGCAUAUUAAAAAACAAAAACAAACCUUCCAAGGUGAGCCUUCAAGGGGGAAAACCACCCCAAACAACAUUCCUUUAACUGGAAAGAGGUACUGGCUGAUGUCGAUUCUUUAAGACUUUAAGACGGCCCAAAUUGAUUAAAUGUGGGGCUUUUGUGACCGAAAUACUAAUUUAAGGGUUUAUUGGCUUUUUACAGGGUUUCCCAAACUCGGUCCUCGGACCCCAAGGGGUGCACGGUUUUGGUUUUUACCCUAACAAUACACAGGUGAUUCAAAUUAUCAAAGCUUGAUGAUUAGUUGAUUAUUUGAAUCAGCUGUGUAGUUCUAGGGUAAAAGCCAAAGCGUGCACCCCUUGGGCUCCCGAAUACUGAGUUUGGGAAACUCUGUGUUAUUACAUUGUCUGGUUUAGAACAUGACAUUUCAGACCCUAAUGGCCUCCAUGCUCCAUCAGAAUGGUUCCGAAUGGUUCCAAUAUCAAGACAGACAUAAUCUUGCCAUGCCUAUAGGCCCUUUCGGUCUGCAGAGAUAACUCUCUAGUUUCCCUAGACUACUACCUCUAUACUGCAAACCUCAGUGCAGAUAACAGUUGACCUGAGACUUGGCUGUAGACUGGUGUUACCAUGGCUCAGGGUCUAGAUAACAGCUCACUUUGCCUGGUCCCUCCUCCCUUCCUUCCCCUCAGCUCACCUUGUCCACCUCCACACCCUGCACACACUGUAGAUGGCAGGAGACACAUUGUGCAUUCAGCAAAUGUGACUUUCAUGCGACUUGACUUGUUGAAAGGAAUGUCUAACUAACUAAUCUUUUGGGAGUUUUUUCAUACAUACUGGUAAACACCUUGCAAAGCUUCAGCAUACAAUUUCUUGACAAAAAAAUAUGUCUUGCCUCUUGCUUUACAAAGUCUAAUGCAAACGUAGUUUAGUUGUUCCCGUUGUUCCCACACUCAUAAAUGUUUACCCUGUUUAUAGUUAUGUUGUGGUCAAUUAAGCUCUACAGACCAUUCACAGACUGAUUAAACCUCUGUUAUCACAGGUCAUAGCCCCGUUACAACAUGUCUCAUUUCUUUCAAAGUUAAAUCAGUUGGCUAACCAAUACUUAUGACAAUCAGAUGUCUGUAUUGAUCCAUGUUCUUGUUACGGUAAAAAAAGACACAUCCACAAAGAGAAGGCAAUACCGAUGCCUAGGGAUGGGAGACAUACCCUUUAAAUGAACUAAAACAGUCUUGCCUGGGAAUGUAUAGAAAUGGAGAAUGAUCUAUUUCAGACAUGGUUUCAGAGGGAUGAUAAUGUAGGCCGCUGUCUGUUUGGUCAUCACAAUUCAUCUCCUUUUGAAAAGCAGAACAUAUUUUCAUUCUAAGCCACAAAGGGAGUUAGAGACAAACCAUGUUCCUUACCGUAUGUAGUGCUGCUUUUUUCAGCUUGCUGUGUCAUUUCUAACAGGGUUUAUUUUGUACAGCUGUAUUUUUUAUGCUUAUAAUAAUGAUAAAAAUGUGCUGUGAUAUAGCUGCUUGUCAUUGAAUGCAACCUAUUCCUGAGCACUGACUUUGAUAAGGAUUCUUAUUGACUGUAUUGUUACAUCAGAUAGGAAGAAAACAGGAAUUAGGAAGCUGUGGUGCUGUGGUGCUGAUGAUGCCCGACGAUUGUCUAUAAACAAGGUGUAUCUAGAGAAAGGCCCCUGUCACUGAGAUGGAGCACCAGCUAUAUUCAACAGCCUAUUCAGUCUAAAUUGACAUGAAAGAAGAGAUUGAGCUUGGAUCUUGACACGUUGCCAGUAGAACUAGAAAUGUUUAGAUUUUAGAGCAGAAAAUGGAAAAUAAUUGAUGCUUUGGAAAGUGUUCAGUUGAUUAUAAAUGGUGGCCAUUUUCAUUGUGAUUAUAGUUAUAUCAUAAUAGUGUAAUCUGAAUACCAAUUGACGAAACAAUCUAAUUAAAUCUGUAGUAUCCAACAGGUCCUUGAAAGUACAACAACAUAUGACAUAUCACUAAUGCAUUUUACUUGCAAAUUCUCUUUUUGGGGAGUCUUACAACUAGACACAGCAGCACAGCAGCACAGUUGAUACUUCUAUUUUGCCUGACUGAGUCCAAUCACAGAUCACAGCUUGACAAAAUAAAUGUUAUUUAUUUUCUAUUCUAAAUGUUCUGUGCAAUGUACUCAUUCUACUGUUAAAGGGUAUUCAAUCAAUAAACAAUAUUAUGUCCA